AUGCAAAGCAGAAUGGCCCAUAGAGUCCCAAAUCUACUUACACAUUUGGCAACUAGAUCUCUGCCCUUUAUGAUGGCACCUGCUCUCUCAGCCUUGCAGAAUAAAAAAAAACCCAGAAACUUUUUACAGCGUUUCAGAUAUACAACACAGGUGACUCCAGAAGGGGAGAACAAAACUACAGCUGAGAGUCUCUAUGAGUUAUCUGUGGAUAUAAAGAAGAUCCGUAGGCUGAAGCCCUGGGUGCUCUGGAAAGAAGUGACAUAUGCCAAAGAAACAGCUGAGAUUUUGCAACAAAUGGGAGCUGACAGGAGGGACAUAACAUAUAUUUUUGAGUGCUGUCCAGAGGCAAUCCUUUGUACGCCUACAAGUAUCAGUUGUCAGAGAGACCUGUGGUUAUCUGUCUGUCCAAAUGAAAAACACUUGGUAGAACUGAUAAAACGCUUCCCUGAAACAUUUUUUACGGUUGAGCACUAUGAAAAACAGAAAGGUAACAUUAGAUUCUUUAAAGAUUUGGGCCUAAAAAAUAUAAUUAUCAGCCGACUCCUAACAGGUGCCCCAAACAUCUUUUACAAUCCUGUUGAGAAGAAUAAACAUAUGAUAGAAACCUUACAAAGUAACUAUCUACAUCUAGGUGGUUCACAAGAGAAUAUGAAAACUUGGUUAUGGAAAUUACUAAGUCAAGACCCAUUUAUUUUGUUAAAUAGCCCUGCUGCUGUCCAAGAAAACUUGCAGUUUCUUCAGAAGAAUGAUUUCACAGAUCCUGAAAUUUUAAGUCUCCUGACAAGGCUCAAAGGGUUUAUUUUUCAGCUUAACUCUGUCACCAUGCAGAACAGCAUGUUGUUCUCAAAGGAUGUUUUCAAGUGCAGUGAUCAAGAAUUAAGAGCGCUCAUAAUAAAAUGUCCUGCCCUUCUUUACAAUUCUGUUCCAGUUCUGGAGGAAAGGUUGGAGGUGCUAUUGAAGGCAGGGAUUUCUCUAGGUCAAAUAAAGGACACUCCUGCAGUGCUAGAACUAACACCAGAAAUAGUGCAAUAUAGAAUUAAAAAAUUAGAUGCUAUAGGGUACGAUAUAAGAAGAGAAAAUCUAGAAAAUGUGAAUGGGACAAAAAAGGAAUUUGAAGCCACAUAUGGAAAGAUACAAGCAAAAGGAGAGAGACCAAUAUUUAAUCCAGUUGCUCCUUUACAUAUUGACGAUUAAUUUCUACU